GGCAUCCAAGGCGGAGAAGCCAGAGAACUCUGCUGCUCGCUCGCCUGUCCCUGCCCGGCCGGACGCGGCGCCGCCCGCCCCCUGCAGCCUGCGCUGCAGCAGCCGGCCACCGGAGGGGGCGUACAAACGUCAACCUGUUGUUUGUCCCGUCGUCACCAUUUAUCAACCCUCGGCACCACAAGGAAGUGCAGCACCCACACGCGCUGAGAAAGUUCAGCAUGCAGGAAGUUUGGGGAGAGCUCGGAGAGUAGCACGGCGGCCCGGGCCAGCGCGCGGGGCGAGCGCAGGGGCGAGAGCGCAGGGCGGCGCGGCCAUCCCGGGAGCGGAACCCGGCUUUUUCUUGGAGCGCCUCUGUCCCUAGGUCGCUGAUCCCAAAUGCACCGGCUCAUCUUCGUCUACACUGUAGUCUGCGCAAACUUUUGCAGCUAUCGGGACACUUCUGCAACUCCGCAGAGCGCAUCCAUCAAAGCUUUGCGCAACGCCAACCUCAGGCGAGAUGGCUUGGCUCAUAAUGGUCAUCUGGGCGCCCGAGUCAACAAAAGCCUUCAAAGGAUGCCCAUUCACUUUGCAGUGGAUAUAGAGCAUCACUACUUGUCCGAAACUCUCAGGAGCCUCUUCCAUCGCUAUGGUCAUGUUUUCUUCAACGUUCUUCUGUCGGAUGUCUUCCUCUAUUUUGGCCUGAGCGUCCCGAUCGAAUGGGUCAGCGGAAUAGAGACGAAGCCUCUCCUGCUCCCGCAAGGCGCUUUCCCUCUGCUGCUCCAUCAGGACCUGAGAAAACGUCUCCAGGUUGCCGCUGAGCAGCGCUUCUGCCAAGCGGGGGUUGCGUUCCUUCAGCAGGGACAGAUGGUGGGCAUCGGACAGCAGCAUGCUGCGGAGCAGGCCGGGGCUGCCCAGACCGCGAGCGGAUGCCGCCUUCGUUCCGGGGGCCGGGCCGUGGGGCUGCGGCGGACGGUGCUGUGGCCGCCGGGAGCUCGACGACGUCCCGGGCACGGCCGCGCCGCUGACAUCUGCCCGAGGCUGCUGUUGAGUCCGCUCCCGAGGCCGAGGCCCCACGUACUCCUUCUGAAGCAAAACAACGACGUCACCGUCCUUGAGGCCGUAGGAGCCCAGGGAGCAGUGGUCAUCCGAGAGGAGUCGCUCCAUGUGGAUGAUCUGGACCUCUUGGGCCGGGACGCCGGACUCGAGCUCGCAGAGGACGCGGAAAUUGCAGAGCUCGAAGUCAGGGCUGACCUGCAGGGGGAAGGUCACCUCGGAGAGGUCCCUCCGCACACAGUACACGGUGAUCAGCAUGGCAUGGGCCCGGGAGGGCCAGGUGGGCAGAGGGCAGAGGGUGGUUCACUGGCUGGCUGGAGCUGGUCUCUGUUGGUGGCUCAGCUGCUCCUCACGACUUGGGGUGUCGCUGGGGCUCAUUCACCUCUCAUAGGCACAGACACUCACCAGUCUGGGGGCUGCCACCCAGCCUCAGUGCCAGCUGCUGGGCCCGUGGAGCCCUGAGGUAACACGUGUGUUCCAAAGCUCAUUUGUACGUGUGCUCUAUGGAACUUAGGAUGCCUGUUCCCAUAGAAACAAAGUUACUCAAGGCCACUAGGUUCCAAGGCCAGCCCUUCAAAGCCAUUUAACACAUGAUAUGAAAAAGAUGAUUUCAACUCUUCCUAAACAACAUAUUAACAUUCAUUUUUGUUCAUUUUAGAAUUAUAUCCUAUUUACUUUUAUUUAUUCCAUGGACAGUGAGGGCUUGUUUCUGACUUUGCAAGUUCCCUGCCAUGUGCUUGGUAGAAAAAACAAGUCAGACUUCGUGCCUGCCCUAAAGGAUCUCAUAUUCUGGAAGGGGAUAGAUGGUGAAUGAGUAAAUCACAAUCCUGGAGGUAGGUACUUAUACAAAGACAUGUUCAUCUUACUACCCUUAGUACUACCGGUAGAACAGAGGAUGUUUCUCUAAGGAGGAGACAAGCUGGGUGUUGAAGGAUGAGCCACUUCCAGGUGAAAAGUGGUGAGAAUCACUCCAGGAUAAAAGAAUCGCAUGUAUGAAAGCAAGAAUUCAUGCCAAGGCCUGCUAUUUCUAGAGAUGGGUGAGACAUUCUAUGCAAUAGGAGAAAUUUGUACGUGAAUUUGAGUGGCAGGAUAUAAAGCUGUAAAACAUUGGUUGGAGCCAGUUUAUAGAGCUGUAUGUGAGUUCAACGAGUUUAUUAUUAAUUUGCAAGAAUUCCCUCACCCUCCAAAAAAAGAAAAAGAAAAAGGAAGGAAGGAAAAGAGAGAUGAAAGGAAAUAGAAAAGAUUUAAAGCAGGUAUUUCUGCUUUUUCUUUUAUUUUCAUUUAACUGAUUUAAGAAAGAGGCUGCUCGUGACACAUGGAGAACAGGUGGUGGUGCGAGGGCCAGUUAGCAGGCUUUUUUAAUGGUUCGAAGAGGGAGCUGUUGCUAGAUUCUGAAAACCUAAGGAGGACUAAAGCUGCAGCAGGGGGGAAGAAAAGUGUUUCUUGAGUAGGAUAGACAGGGUCUGUUUACCCACUGGAUGUGGGGAAUGUAAAAGAAACGGAGUGUGUGGAUAACACAGAGGGUCUCUAUGGUGGGAGACUGAGUAGAAACAGGUCAUUGCCUUGAAAGGGGUGAGUGAGAUGAACCCUUGAGGUGACCAAUUUGACAUCGAUUCUGGAGUAAAAUCCAUUACAAAUGCCACCCUGGAGGCUAGAUAUGCCUCUCUCUGACCCUAGGGCACAGCCCCUUCCUGUCCUUUCCCCCCAUCCCCAACCUCCACACACACCAGAGCAGAGGUUCUCAGAGUCAAAGAAUAAAAGGUCCUUCAGGGCAAUGGUGAUUGGGUAGAAAUCCUUGAGGGCCAGUUAUUUUUCUCUGUGUUUCAUAAAGUGUUUUGCACUGUAAAGAGCACGUGCUUCCCUGGGUCCUCCCGGGUAUACCUGCUUAGGAACCAAAAGAUAGUCAGCAUCCUCUGCCUGCCGCCACCCCUUGUCAAGUUUUGUCAGUAGGCUUGCACCAUUACAAAGAGAAGGAUUUUGCAACAGCCUAAAGAAUUUUUUUUUUUUUGGCUCCUGUUUCUCAUGUGUGUUUGUCUCAGAUGGAAGACCGUGUCUCACUCACUGCUGUCAUUAUCAUAAUGUUUCCAUACUCAUAUUCAUUUAUAUUAGAGAUGUUGACUGAACGCCCAGCAUGGGUGAAGUAUGUGCUAAGUUCUAGGGAUACAGACAUGAAUAAUGGUAAAUGCAGGCUAUGUUCUGAAAGGAGCUCACAGUGUAAAAGAGGACACACACACACACACACACACACACACGAGGGGCAGGGGACUAAAAAAAUUACCACAGCGAAAAGACUGGGUGGAGAAGCAAAGGCUGAGAAAGAAGAUGGAAAGAAGACUUUAAAUGGAAAGGCAGCACUUCAUGAUAUGGAGGAUUUUAGAAAACUUUAGUGGAAAAAGGUUAGCAUCAUAAUUUUCCUAAUACAAAAUUAUGAAUUGAAUUGUUUAAAGAUAUUUUUCACUAUUUGCUAGGAUAUUUCAAAAAGUUACUGGACCCCUCCCACAACCAGGCAUACCAUGCCAGCACCUCGGGGACUACCUGGGUACCUGAGGAUUGGAAUCGGGGAUCAGACACUCUCCACAACCGGUCACACUUCCAGUACCAAGGAGCAUGCCAAAAACAUCACCCCCAUGUGGGUGGCCCACCACAGCCACCAAAAUAACAAUGGCUGCUGUGAAAGCAGCUAGACACCACAACCACCACACAUAUUGUCCACCAGCCACUGAGGUGCAUUGACAAAAGCAGAGUCACCAGCAGAGAUAAAGAAGAAGAUGUGUCUCUCCAUAAAGCCCAUUUUAGAGUGACAGAAGAAGCAUCUACUCUAUGAUAAUAUUGGGGGGAAAGAAUAUAAUAUUGGAAGGAGAAAAGAAAUCUAGGGUAAUUAGAGGAGGGAAGGGGGGAGGGGAUGGGAAGAGGUUGGACAAG